ACAGAAACGGACACUUCGGUGGAUCGGUGCGUCAUCACAAAUACACGUGGAGAUUCCUGCAGAGCGUCUGCGCUUUUAUCGCCAUUUUUGUGCAAAAAUCAACGUGACAAGAAGCGCUUUAGCUACUUUUCCUGUUAAUUUAUGGCCGGCGAUUAUUCAUAAAACACAUUCAUGUUUUCCUACAAACUAGCCUAUUCUAUCCAGGAUGGGAUCUCCAGCCAAACGUGCAUCACUGCACAGAUCCAGCGUCGGCGGUCAGGAGGACGACUCGCCUCUGCCCCCGGUCCACGAGCGGCUGGCACACCUCCGUCCUUCCAGAGAGCUUCUGGAGUUCUACCGGCAGAAGAUCGCUCAGUAUGACGGCGAGAACGAGGAGCUGCUGCAGAUGCUGGAGAAGCACAGGAGCAUCAUGGACGACCAGCACAAACUGCAGUGGGAGCUGCGUCAGCGUGAAGGAGAGGUGGCAGAGCUGCAGAACGCCCUGAGUGACAUGCAGGUCUACCUGUUCCAGGAGAGGGAGCAGUCUCUGCGGCUGUACGCAGAGAACGACCGGCUGAAGAUCAGAGAGUUUGAAGACAGGAAGAAGAUCCAGCACCUUCUGGCGCUCGUGGGUCCUGAUGCUGGAGAGGUCACAUACUUUCACCGAGAACCUCCUCAUAAGGUCACCAUCGCGCAGAAACAAUCAGACUCUGGAGCCGAAGACGGGCUAAACCUCAGACCAACAAAGAUCAGACCAGCAGCCACCAGAAAAGAAAGCAACAGGAGAAGUAAAGCAGCCAAUGGGGGGAGUGCAGAGGCUUUGGAAAAGUUCAAGGACGACAACCAGACUUUGCUGCUGCAGGUGGAGGCGCUCCAGGCCCAGUUGGAGGAACAGACUCGUCUUGCUAAAGAGCAGGUGGAGGCUCUGCUGGAGGACCGAAAAAUCAAAACGGAGGAGGCUCAGGCGCAGCAGCGGAGGGACCAGGAGCGCAUCGCUGCUCUCAACGACAAACUCCAGCAGACUCAGAACCUGCUGCAUGAGAGCACCAGAGACUUCCUGCAGCUCAAGUUUGAGAGCCGGGCGCACGAGAAGAGCUGGAUGGCCGAGAAAGACGGACUUCUGCGGGAACUGGAUUCCUGUCACCAUCGCCCGAGGAAAGGCGGUUCUGCCGGGCCUGAGCUGUGGAGGCCAUGCCAGCCCAGCGGCAGCCCAGCCCGGCUCCGCCCCCGACCACAGCGAGAGGCGGAGCAGCCGCACAGGGGGGAGCUGAAGGUACUGCAGGAGGAACUGAAGCAAGCUCACCGUCUGGCUGAGAUGUACCGAGAACAAUGCAUCGCCAUGGAAACCCAGCUGUCCCAGAUCAGAGAGGAAGGGGACGUGGGCCGGGAGAUCUUCCAGGAACGCUCGGAGAAAAUGGCCAAGCGUCUGCAGGUGAUGACUCAGCGCUACGAGGCUUUGGAAAAGAGGCGAGCCAUGGAGGUGGAGGGCUUCAAGACGGAUCUGAAGCAGCUCAGGCAGAAGCUCAAAGACGUGGAAAAACAGCUGAUCAAGGUCACUCUGAACGUCGGGGCCAACCAGGACCUGGCCGUCCUGCAUGAGGUCCGUCAGAGCAACUCAAGGACCAAAAAGCUUCAGGAGGAGCUGAUGAGGCUGAAGGCCAAAAUCUACGGGCUGGAGAACGAGCUUCGCUUUAGCUGACGCUGAACGCUUUCCGGCUUUUAUCAACUUGUGUACAUGUGUAUAUUGGAAUUGAGUGCUGACAUUUUUCAAUCUAAAAACAAUAAAAGUUUUCUUUAAUAUUGA